AGAGAGACAGUAUAGAGAGAGAGAGUAGAGAGAGAGGCAGAGAGGGCACUGUCGAUCUCCAUGGCCGACCCCACGAAGCACCACCUCCCCAUCGGCGGCGGCGGCGGCUGGGGCAACCUCUUCUUCUUCUACUCCGACCUCAGGUCCCUCCUCCGCACCAAGCGCACCGCCGCCCUCGCCUACGCCCUCACCUUCGCCUUCGUCGCCUUCACCUUCUUCCUCCUCCUCAACCCCUCCUCCUCCUCCUCCUCCUCCUCCGCCGACUCCUCCUCCCCCUGGUUCUUUUCCAACGUCUUCCUCACCGCCCCCGCCGCCGCCGCUGCCACCUCCUCGGAUUCGUACAGAUCUCAGUCCGCUUCCCUCCUCUCUUACUUCUUCCCCAACGACGACGGCAGUGCUGCGUCGUCCCCUCCUUCCUCUUCGGAUAAUGUCCGGACCGGAUCGAAUGCCACGGCUCCUCGUCCUCCGGAAGAGCGGAACAGUACUCAAGUCCCGGUGAAUUCUGAUAAAGAUCCAAUUUUUAAGCCGAAUCAGACCGUGAAUGCUUCCUUCGCGACGGCGGCUUCACCGCCUGCGCGAAACGUUACUCAGAGUUCGCCGAGUUCGGCUGCCUCUCAGGCGCCGAAGCAAGGCGAAGUGAAGGACGCGACGCAGAGCACAGCAAACGUGGAAACGCCAGCACCGACGGCGCCUGAAGUUCCGAAGCAGAAUCAGACGAGUGUUGCCGUGCCGAGUUCGUCCGCUAAUCGCACCCAGGGUCCGGCGAAGCUACUCGCUCCUCCAGCGAAGAACGAUACUGCGAAGGCAGUGGAGGUUGUCGGGGAGAAGCAAAUCAAGCCGAACUACACGUCCUCGCUGUUGAAGAAACAGAGCAAUGACACUGUUUCAGGGGUGUCGGCCAAGCAGGGGAUGAGUGGUUGGAUCGAGUCGUUGAAGAAGUGCGAUUUCUUCGACGGGCGGUGGGUGAAGGACGAUUCGUACCCACUUUACAAGCCGGGCUCGUGCUCGCUAAUCGACGAGCAAUUCAAUUGCAUACUCAAUGGGAGGCCUGAUAAGGAUUAUCACAAGUUCAGAUGGAGGCCUAAGGGUUGCAAUCUGCCAAGGUUGAAUGCGAGCCACAUGAUCGAAUUGUUGAGAGGGAAGCGGCUGGUUUUCGUCGGCGAUUCCUUGAACAGGAAUAUGUGGGAAUCGCUGGUCUGCAUCCUGCGAGGCGCUGUGAAAGAUCAAAAGAAAGUCUAUGAAGCCAGUGGCAGACACCAUUUCCGCGGUGAAGCGUCCUACUCCUUCAUAUUCAAAGACUACGGUUUCACGGUGGAGUUCUUUGUGUCCCCCUUUUUGGUUCGAGAAUGGGAAGUGCCCGACAAGAAUGGAUCUACAAAGGAAACACUUAGGUUAGAUUUGGUAGGGAGGUCAUCUGAUCAGUAUAAAGGUGCGGACAUUAUUAUCUUCAACACUGGACACUGGUGGACUCAUGAUAAAACUUCCAAAGGGAAAGACUAUUAUCAAGAAGGUAGCCAUGUGUAUGGUGAAUUAAAUGUCCUAGAGGCAUUUCGGAAAGCUCUUACAACGUGGGGGAGGUGGGUCGAUGCCAAUAUAAACCCCACAAAGUCUAUUGUAUUCUUCAGAGGAUACUCCGACUCCCAUUUUAGUGGUGGACAGUGGAAUUCGGGCGGUCAAUGUGACAGUGAGACUCAACCCAUCAAGAAUGAAACUUACCUUCGAGAAUAUCCUCCGAAGAUGAUUGUGUUGGAGAAGGUGCUUAGAGGGAUGAAAACCCACGUCAAUUACCUAAACGUCACCAAAAUGACGGAUUAUAGGAAAGACGGCCACCCGUCGAUUUAUCGGAAGCAACAUCUGACUGAUGCUGAGAGGAGAUCGCCGCUGAGAUUCCAAGAUUGCAGCCACUGGUGCCUCCCUGGCGUGCCCGAUGCGUGGAACGAGAUCCUAUAUGCAGAACUCCUCGUGAAGUUGAACCAGAAGUAGCAACCGCAAAGGAGACCCUGAUCAGUCUCGAAACUGCACAUAUUACAGAGGUGAAAUUAAAUUCUUUUAUUACUACCAGCCCCUGAGGCUAAUCGAGUCGCGCACAGAUGAAUACUCUGUUCGGUCUUGGUAUACACGUGCAAAAGAUGACCGAUGAGAGGGCGAGGAUGAGAAUACAUGAAAGCAUGUUUUCCUUUUUCCCCCCUUUCUAUUCCCUCCUGUUAAGAGAGUGGAGGGUGAUGUAACAAAGUCCUAUUCUGUUCAUAUCAUAAGUUAUAUGCCUAUGAAAGGUUUCAUAGAUUUAGCGAACGAAAAAACCUAUAUAUGUUAGGUGCU